AUGGAUAAUCUUCCCGGAGGUUGUAAGAGCAGGGAGGAGCUCUCGGCAUACGUAAGAUUUUCAUCAACCCUAAGAAUUAAACGUAAGAGUCAAGAAACCUUUUUCACUAGUCUCUCUCUGUUUCAGAUUCAUCGCAGAAUCGAAGAAUGCAUGAAACAAGACAAGAACAAGGAAGAAACUAUGAAACAUCUAAUGGAUCAUUAUCAAAUCACACCUGAUAUGACCAGCAUAGUUUGGGAUAUUCUUGAAGCAACGUAUCCAGAGGAAUUCAGAGCCCACUAUGAAUCUUGCGAGGCUUAUCGGAGGAUCCGUGAAGCUUCAGUAAUACACAGCUACCAACUUAUACCGAGGUGGUUCAGGGAUAAAAGAGAGAUACAAUAUCAGCAACGUCGCUGUAGUAUCAAGAGAUAUAAUGAUGAUGCUGUAACAUCACAAGAACCUCAAGAAUCUGCCUUGUUACCUAGAGAUUUUAAGAGCGUGGAGGAGUUCUCAUAUUACGUUCAUGGAAAGAUCAUGGAGUGUAUGCGUAAUUACAAGAGUAAGGAAGAGACUGUAAAACAUCUAUUGGAUCGAUAUCAAAUAACACCUGAAUCGACCAACGAAGUGUGGGAUCGUCUUGAACAAAGAUAUCAACGUAACUUCAAAUCUUACUAUGAAGCUUGCGAGAAGAAGCGGAAGUUACGUGAACAAGAAGCACCAAAAGUAACAGCUACUGCUCAGACCACAGCAGAAACUAGAUCUUGUUCGACAUCAUUGGCCAGUAAGACACGUACACUGAAGAGCUUAAAGGAUAUAAAGGUCAUGAUAAAGCUAGAGAAACAACUUACAUGUCCUCCUGUAGUGGAGACUGGUCAGUCAUCACAAGUGCCUCGUUUGGGACCAGAUGCUCAAGCUAAUGGACCGAAGGACAUGAAUUUGGAGCAGCUUCUUCUUCUGCUGAAUCUUUCAAAAGGCGGUGCAUGA